AUGGCUGAUGGCAUCUUUGAACGCAUGCAGCAGAUUCUGCGGAAGAGAGCGGCGGCUGGUGAUGGCCCUACUGUCGUGGCAGGGGCUGGGGCUGGGGCAGCUGGGGCUGGACUCGGGACUGAUCGUCAGGCUGUCGUGGCAGGAGCUGAGGCUGGGGCUGAGGCUGGAGCUGGGGCAGCUGGGGCUGGACUCGGGACUGAUCGUCAGGCUGUCGUGGCAGGAGCUGAGGCAGGGGCUGAGGCUGGGGCUGGGACAGCUGGGGCUGGACCCGGGACUGAUCGUCAGGCUGUCGUGGCAGGAGCUGAGGCAGGGGCUGAGGCUGGGGCUGGGACAGCUGGGGCUGGACCCGGGACUGAUCGUCAGGCUGUCGUGGCAGAGGCUGGGGCUGAGGCUGGGGCUGGGACAGCUGGGGCUGGACCCGGGACUGAUCGUCAGGCUGUCGUGGCAGGAGCUGAGGCUGGGGCUGAGGCUGGGGCUGGACCCGGGACUGAUCGUCAGGCUGUCGUGGCAGGGCUGAGGCCGAUCCUAACUGGCACGACUGGGGCUGCCAAGCGCCGCCGCACGGCAGACAACGAUGACAAGUCAGCUCCACGGCGCAAGAAGCCUGUGCCGCUGCGUUCCAAGAUCUCCACAUCGAACGGCAAGCGGGUGAUCACUUUAGGCGAGGGCGGGCUGUGGGGUGCUCUUGCCCGCGAAGACCGUGCCGACGAACGAGCCGCCAAGCAGGCGCUUGCUUCGGUCUUCCCGGACCUCUCACCGUUUGAGCUCGCCGAGAUUGCUCGCUUUGCCACCAACAUGUCUACAUCCUCCGCUCCGCCGCCGACCGACGACGCCAUCGACGCCCGGCUCCGCGCCCUCCGCCGCGCCGAGCCGGCCGUUCGCAAGCGCGAGAACCACAAGUGGCGGACUGUCCGUGGCCGCUUCCAGUCGCGCAUUCCCAGGACGGCCCGGAAUCCGGACGGCUUUCUCCCACCAAGCGCGUGGAAGGCCUUUAUCGGCAUCGCCGCCCAGUACGAGGCUCAGUUCUUCGACUUUUUCACCUCCAAGUUUACCUGCCGUGGCUCGUUCUUUGCCCCCGGCGCGCCGUGCCCGGCCAACGCCGCAGUCGACUUUCUCUACGCCACGCCGGCCCAGCGCGCGUCGUUCACGCUCGACCAUACCGUCGAAGUCCACCUGAUCCUCAAGCACUGGCGCCAUCGCGUCGAGGCCGAGGCUUGGCUCGAUCUUCCGCCGCGCCACCGCGACUGGGACAUGCGCUUCUAUGCCUUUCUCCUCCUUGGCCUCCGCCCUCAGUCGUUUGCGGGCGUUACCUACGAGCCCAACCUCGUCGGCCGCUGCUCGUUUUGCGACUCGACAAAGGCCCACGGCCUGCUACUCCCGCCGUUCCCACCGCUCCCAUCGCUCCAUCCGCAAGAUCCGUCGCUUUGA